GUGCGCAGGGCUGUUUGGAGGCGCUUGAGGCGCACAAUCCGGGGCAGGCGGAACCUUAGUCCUCAGCCCCGCGUUUCCCGCGACUCCGCUCUCACCGCUACACUACCACACAGACGGCCUCCUUCCCCCACCCCCAGGGGCCCGUGCCAGUGCCGGGCUCCGGAGUUCGGGACUGCUAAUUUCAGCGAAACGAUUAAGAGACGCCCAAACAGCGGACGACACUUUCUCUCCUCCGGCAGGGAAAGGCGUCCAGCGUAGCGUCUCCCACGCUUCCCCGCCGGCGCAGAGCAGGCCCCACAAAAGCUCACGCCGCCGGCACGCAUGCCGCCCCGCCCCCACGGCCCGUAGCCAGCCGCGCCCCGCGCUCGCCCGCCCCCGCCUCCCUGGCCCUCGACCCUCGUUCCGUUGGAGGGGCCUCAGGCGAGCACUAGCGAGCUGUUGGCCGGAGGGAAGCCAGAGGAGACCGGGUCGACUGGGCAGAGCGGCAGAGGGUCGGGAAGCCUGCUCUGCACGCCCAGGGAGUAGAAGCGGGCAGGGAGCAGGGUUACGUGAGGGAGCGCGCCCCGACUGAGCUUGGGUCCGACUGGAGCUCAGGCUCGGGACCCAGACUGGUGGGCCAGGCCUCCAAGCCGGCCUUACACCCGAUCCAAGGAGGACACACCGGACGCAGAGGGACGGAGCGAGCAAGGAGACAUGGCUUCAUCAUUCCUGCCCGCGGGGGCCACCACCGGCGACAGCGGUGGAGAACUGAGCUCAGGGGACGACUCCGGGGAGGUGGAGUUCCCCCAUAGCCGUGAGAUCGAGGAGUCCAGUUGCCUGGCCGAGCUGUUUGAGAAGGCUGCCGCGCACCUGCAAGGCCUAAUUCAGGUGGCCAGCAGGGAGCAGCUUCUGUAUCUGUAUGCCAGGUACAAACAGGUCAAAGUUGGAAAUUGCAAUACUCCUAAACCAAGCUUCUUUGAUUUUGAAGGAAAGCAAAAAUGGGAAGCAUGGAAAGCACUUGGUGAUUCAAGCCCCAGCCAAGCAAUGCAGGAAUAUAUUGCAGUAGUUAAAAAACUAGAUCCAGGUUGGAAUCCUCAGAUACCAGAGAAGAAAGGAAAAGAAGCAAAUACUGGUUUUGGUGGGCCAGUUAUUAGUUCUCUAUAUCAUGAAGAAACCAUCAGGGAAGAAGACAAAAAUAUAUUUGAUUACUGCAGGGAAAACAACAUUGACCAUAUAACCAAAGCCAUCAAAUCGAAAAAUGUGGAUGUGAAUGUGAAAGAUGAAGAGGGUCGGGCUCUACUUCACUGGGCCUGUGAUCGAGGACAUAAGGAACUAGUCACAGUCUUGCUGCAACAUAGAGCUGACAUUAACUGUCAGGACAAUGAAGGCCAAACAGCUCUACAUUAUGCCUCUGCCUGUGAGUUUCUGGAUAUUGUAGAGCUGCUGCUCCAGUCUGGUGCUGACCCCACUCUCCGAGACCAGGAUGGCUGCCUGCCGGAGGAGGUGACAGGCUGCAAAACAGUUUCUUUGGUGCUGCAGCGGCACACAACUGGCAAGGCUUAAUCAAAAGACUGGAAAACCACAGUCUGUAAUAGCAUAAGGCUUCCAUUAUGAAAGAAAACUACAAAAAUAAUACUUCUUUUUCUGCCCAUCUUUGGUAUGUAUUGGCUAAUAAAAUCAGUUCUGUGGAACUGGGA